GGGCGCAACAUGGCGCACCCGCCUCCUUUCGCCGGCCGCUUCCCGCCGCCGCCGUUCCGGCCCUUCCCGCCGCCGGCUGGGCCCUUCGCGCCGCCUGCCGCCCCCUUCCCCGGCCCCGCCGCCCGCCCGGGGCCCUUCGCGGUUGGGGGGGCGGCGGCGCCUCCGCCUUUCCUGCUGCCGCCGCUGCCGCCGCCGGCCGGGCCCGAGGGCGACGCGGGGCCGCGCUUCCCGCCGAGCGCCGGCCCGUUCUUCCCGGCGGUCGCGCCGUUCCCGCCGCGGCCGGGGGCGGAGGGGGAGGCGGCGGCGGCGCAGCGGCAACAGGACGAGCUGUGGCUGUCGCAGUUCCUGGGCCGGCGCCGGGCCGCUCCCCCGCCGCCGCCGCCGCCCGCCGCCGCCUGUCCCAGCAGCGCCCGGGAGCUGGCGGUGCGGGCGCUGGGCCGGGUGGCGCGGCUGGCAGCGCUGUGCCGGGCCCUGCGGCGGCGGGAGGACGAGGGCGACGAGGCGGGCUGGGCCCGGGCGCGGGACGAGGCGGAGGCGGCGCGGCGGGAGCUGCAGGAGGCCGUGCGGCCGCUGAGGGAGCCCGGCUACCGGGAGGCGCUGCGGAGGAAAGUCGAGAGGGCGAGGAAGAGGAGGCUGCGGCUGCAGCGGAGGAAGCAAGAGGCCAAAGCGGCCAAGGAGGAGGAAGCGGCGCGGGCCGCCGAGCGGGAGGCCAAGAUCGACCAUUGGAGGGCCAAGUGCAUCCAAGAGGUGGAGGAGAAGAACCGGGAACGAGAACUGAAGGCUGCAGCAGACAGUGUCCUGUCUGAGGUGAGGAAGAAACAAGCAGACACAAAGAGGAUGGUGGACAUCCUGCACGCCUUAGAAAAGCUCCGGAAACUGAGAAAAGAAGCUGCUGGCAGGAAAGGUGUUUGUCCACCCCCCUCAGCAGAUGAAGCAUUUGAAAGCCAGGUGGAGAGUCUCAAAACGUUGCUGAAGGAUCGCACAGAGCUCUAUGAAGCUGAGGAGAGAGCAUUGAGAGUUAUGUUGGAGGGUGAACAGGAGGAGGAACGGAAGAGAGAAAUGGAAAAGAAACAGAAGAAGGAACGGGAAAAACUACUACAGCAGAAGCUCGAAAUUGAUUCCAAGCUGUUUGGGGACCCAGAUGAAUUCCCUCUAGCCCACCUACUGCAGCCCUUCAGAGAGUAUUACUUACAAGCUGAGCACUCUGUAGCAGCUCUAAUCCAGAUCAGGCAUGAAUGGGAUCAGUACUUGGUGCCAGCUGAUCACCCUGAAGGAAGCUGCAUCCCUCCAGGAUGGGUUCUCCCAAGUCUCCCCACAAAUGACACUUGGGCCACUGCUGUCAGAUAAUUUCAUAACAAAUGAUUUUUACAUUGGAGGAACGUUUCAUUACAGCUGUGUGUGCAAAUAGGAAAGGGUCCAAAGAAGAAAUCUCCUCCUCUGUUUUGGUAGCCAGCUACUGGCAUGUCUUGAAGGAAAAAGUGUAAGAACUGGUUUUGCCACAUGACUCUGCAGGGAAUGAGCUGAGCAAGCCCAAAGCCUUUCUCAUGGCAUGGAAUGACAAUCCUGCCAUGAGGUUUCUGUUCAGUAAUCUCAACCUGGAUAAAGAAACAUCGAUUUAUUUCUGAAUAAAGAAAAUGCCAUCGACGAGGACGUUUGUGCCAGUAUUAACAGCCCAUUUUUAGUGGUUUUUAGCUUUAUAAGCCUAAAUCCAGAUGAUGAAAUCUCCACAAAUACGGGGUUUUUUUAAAGAAGACAUCAUUAAUAAACAUGUUUUUCUUCUUAAA